GAGGUGCCAGGCUGCUGACCAGAGUGGAGGAGCAGCCUCCUGUGCAAGGGUCUGCAGACCUGGAGCGAUCACAGACUUCCCCAGGGAGUUUGAGUGAGAUGGACUCCCUGGGACCUGAGAACGAGCCAUGGCACGAGAGUCAGGGGAGGUCCCAAAUGCGGAAGGAGAAUGUAGCCAUGAGCCAGCCACAUCAGUGCUCAGAGUGUGGUAAGAGCUUCACUUACUCCAACCAGCUGGCUCGGCACAAACGUAUUCACACAAGGGAGAAGCCACAUCACUGCUCAGUAUGUGGGAAGAGCUUCAGUUACUCCUCUCAGCUGGCUCGGCACCAGCGUAUCCACACUGGGGAGAAGCCACUUCAGUGCUCAGACUGUGGACAGGGCUGCAAUUCCUCCUCUGAGCUGGCUCGGCACCAGCGUAGCCACACAGGGGAGAAGCCAUAUCAGUGCUCAGAGUGUGGGAAGAGGUUCCGUUACUCGUCCGGGCUGGCUGAGCAUAAGCAUGUCCACACGGGGAACAAGCCACGUCAAUGCUCAGAGUGUGGGAAGAUAUUUGCUCAUUCCUCCAGCCUGGCUGAGCACCAGCAUAUCCACGUGGGGGAGAAGCCACAUCAAUGCUCAGAGUGUGGGAAGAGCUUCCGUUACUCCUCCAUCCUGGCUAAGCACCAGCGUAUCCACAUGGGGGAGAAGCCUCAUCAGUGCUCCGAGUGUGGGAAGAGCUUCAGUUACUCCUCUGAGCUGGCUCGACAUGAGCGUAUCCACAAGGGAGAAAAGCUACAUCAGUGCUCAGAGUGUGGGAAGAGCUUCACUUACUCCCGCCAGCUGACUCGGCACCAGCGUAUCCACACUGUGGAGAAGCCACAUCAGUGCUCAGAGUGUGGGAAGAGCUUCACUUACUCCCGCCAGCUGACUCGGCACCAGCGUAUCCACACUGGGGAGAAGCCACAUCAGUGCUCAGAGUGUGGCCCGGCGGUGACGAAGCGGCAAUCUACAGCUGCUUGAUCGCAAGAUCCACCGAGCACCGUCGCAGACGCGAGAGCCCGAUGUGUGACGGCACCAUGACACCUGCCAAAGCCCUUAUGAUUGAACUUUUUGUAAUUAACCUAAUUAUGUGUAUUUGUAUUUGCAUUGGUUGUUGUUUAAUCCGAUUUAUUAAGGAUAUAUAUACCCGUUUACCACUUGAACCUUGUGAAGCCGACGAGUUCGUGGAUGACGCAGCCGUCUAACCUAAUUCCCUUGUCUGUUGUGACAUGGUCAAGGGGGAAUGUCAUAACCAAGUGAGUUGAGUGCCUCUGUCACAAAAGAACUGCCCUGAAUAACCGCAGU